GAAAGCGCGUGUGAUUUGUUUGUGUAUCAUCAUUAUUUUUCUCUCUUGAGUGUUUUAUUGAGAGUAAACAGAGUCUUGUCUCUGUGUAUUUUAGUGUUAAUGAUGGAUGUGAUGUGCUGUAAAUCAGUAGGAACUGAUCUGUCCAUGCUGGAUAUUGAUGAUUUUAUCACAGAAAUCUCUCAGCUGAAGAAAGAGGUGGCGUUACUGGAGAUAAAGCUGAGGUUAAGAGGAGAUGAAGGACUGAAUAAAGAGGAUGAGGCUGUGGUUUGUUGUGAAUCUUCAGAGUAUGUGACUGUUUGCUUACAGGAGGAUCAAACCUCCACAGAGUCUCUGGAUUCUGUCUGUAACGCUGGAGAACAGCAGCAGAUCCUGCAGACCAAACUCAAGAUGUCUUCAUCUAAACCGAUGGACAGUGGGAACCUAAUGAUGAAGAUGAGAAGAGAAACUACAGCAGAUGAAGAUCACACUGAGGAAGAUGAUGACAAUCAUGAUGAUUUUAUUCCUUCAGAUAAGAUCAGUGAUUCGUGUUUGGAUGGAGAAAUAACGUCUUUAUCAUCAAAAGAGCGACAGACGGCACAAACUCUUUCCUGCAUCACCGAUGGAGAGACAAUGAGCUCACAGAGACAUUUAGAUAGAAAUCCAGAACAAAAACUCUUGACCUCCACCAGAUCUGAGAUCAGCUUCACUACCUUACAAAAGUAUAAAUGUCAUCAUUCAAAAGUGCACAGAGAGAAGAAGGAGAAGCACUUUCACUGUCAGCAGUGUGGGAAGGAUUUUGGCGUCUUAUCUCAGCUAAAAAUUCACGUGAGGACACACAGUGGUGAAAAGUCUUUCUACUGCACUGAUUGUGGCAAAUAUUUCAGCACCAAAAAAAAUCUUGAUAUUCAUGAGAGAGUUCACACUGGAGAAAAACCUUACGUCUGCUCUCAAUGUGGAAAGAGCUUCUCUGAUUCAAGUACUUUUAAAGUUCAUCAGAGAAUUCAUACAGGAGAGAAACCUUACGUCUGCUCUCACUGUGGAAAGGGCUUCUCUGAUUCAAGUCAUUUUAAAGUUCAUCAGAGAGUUCAUACAGGAGAAAAACCAUACAAGUGUCCUCACUGUGAAAAGAGAUUCAGACAAAACAAUCAUCUGAAGUCACAUAUGCUUAUACACACCAAUGAAAGACCGUAUCAGUGCAGUCAAUGUGACAAAACCUUUAAGUAUUCACGUUCACUAAAAAAACAUCAGAAUAUUCACUCUGAGGAGAAACGCUAUCAGUGUUCACACUGUGAUAAAGGUUUCGGUCAGAAAUCUAAUCUGAUUAUCCAUGAGAGAGUUCACACUGGAGAAAAACCUUACGUUUGCUCUCACUGUGGAAAGAGCUUCACUCAUCCAGGUACUUUUAAAGUUCAUCAGAGAAUUCAUACAGGAGAGAAACCUUACGUCUGCUCUCACUGUGGAAAGAGCUUCUCUGAUUCAAGUCAUUUUAAAGUUCAUCAGAGAGUUCAUACAGGAGAAAAACCAUACAAGUGUCCUCACUGUGAAAAGAGAUUCGGACAAAACUAUAAUCUGAAGUCACAUAUGCUUAUACACACCAAUGAAAGACCGUAUCAUUGCAGUGAAUGUGACAAAACCUUUAAGUAUUCACGUUCACUAAAAAAACAUCAGAAUAUUCACUCUGAGGAGAAACGCUAUCAGUGUUCACACUGUGAUAAGUGUUUCGGUCAGAAAUAUAAUCUGAUUAUCCAUGAGAGAGUUCAUACAGGAGAGAAACCUUACGUCUGCUCUCAAUGUGGAAAGAGCUUCUCUGAUUCAAGUCAUUUUAAAGUUCAUCAGGGAGUUCAUACAGGAGAAAAACCAUACAAGUGUCCUCACUGUGAAAAGAGAUUCAGACUAAACCAUCAUCUGAGGGAACAUUUGUAUAUACACACCAAUGAAAAACCGUAUCAGUGCAGUGAAUGUGACAAAACCUUUAAGGAUUCACGUUCACUAAAAAAACAUCAGAAUAUUCACUCUGAGGAGAAACGCUAUCAGUGUUCACACUGUGAUAAAGGUUUCGGUCAGAAAUAUCAUCUGAUUAUCCAUGAGAGAGUUCACACUGGAGAAAAACCUUACGUCUGCUCUCAAUGUGGAAAGAGCUUCUCUCAUCCAAGUACUUUUAAAGCUCAUCAGAGAGUUCACACUGGAGAAAAACCUUACAUCUGCUCUCAAUGUGGAAAGAGCUUCUCUAAUUCAAGUCAUUUUAAAGUUCAUCAGAGAGUUCAUACAGGAGAAAAACCUUACGUCUGCUCUCACUGUGGAAAGAGCUUCUCUGAUUCAGGUACUUUUAAAGUUCAUCAGAGAGUUCAUACAGGAGAAAAAACAUACAAGUGUCCUCACUGUGAAAAGAGAUUCAGACAAAACAAUCAUCUGAGGGAACAUUUGUAUAUACACACCAAUGAAAGACCGUAUCAGUGCAGUGAAUGUGACAAAACCUUUAAGGAUUCACGUUCACUAAAAAAACAUCAGAAUAUUCACUCUGAGGAGAAACGCUAUCAGUGUUCACACUGUGAUAAAGGUUUCGGUCUGAAAUCGAAUCUCGAAGCUCAUCAGAGAAUUCAUACAGGAGAGAAACCUCAUCACUGUACUGUUUGUGGGAAGAGUUUCAGCAAAAAAUGUAAUCUAAAGACACAUGUGCAUAUACACACCAAUGAGAAACCAUAUCAGGUUUUAGUGAGACACCAUAGAACUCAUACAGGUGAAAAACCGUUACAAAUGUUCUCAGUGUGAGAAGACGUUUACUAAGCCAGAUUCCUUAAAAGCCCAUUUGAGAGUUCAUACGUGAGAGAAACCUUACGGGCCCUAUCAUACACCCAGCGCAAUGUGCGACACAAGUGUCUUUUGCUAGUUUCAACCUGGCGAAAUGAUCAUCUUCACGUUUAGCUAGCACCAAGUUGUUUAAAUAUCAAAUGCAUCUGCGCCCAAUUUUGCACCCAUGGGCGUUCUGGUCUGAAAAUGAGGUGUGUUCAGGCGCAUUCUUGGUGCGUUGCUAUUUUGAGGCAAUUAAAAUAGACUACACCAUUGACCAACUAAAACGUUAGUAAUACGGGAUGCGCGUUUGCUUAUCACACCCAUGGAUGUGCAGCAGAACAUAACCCUUUUAUAAUAUGAAAAAAUAAUGGAUUAAAAUGUAAAAGAUUAUUUUUGAGUCUCUUGGACUUAAUUGAGGACUGAUUAUGAGACGUUAGAAGGUGUAAAGAGCUGCUUCACAUCACCUGCAGCCUGGUAAGAAAUUUAAUGUUUUGCUUUAAACAAAUGUGUUUGUUUUUAAAUGCUACCCCAUGGAUUUAUUGUAUAUGAUGAAUAUGUAUGUACCUGUGGAUAUGGUGAGAUAAGAAACAUUUAAUGCUUUAAAAAAAACAUGGCGCUGUCCGAGUGCUGAAACGGCUCUCUGCACGUUUACUUGCUAUUCUAUUUACUUGCUAUUCUGAUGAUUCUUAUCAGUUUAUAUACAUCUAUUAUUGGGUCUUUGUUUGCUCUGUAAGUGACAUCUGUCAGUCAAAGGUUGAGCUGUAAAGGUUAAUAUCUGCUAUUGGACACAAGAUGGCGCUCUACUACUGCUUUAUGUAUGUGUAAAUAAAAUCUACUUUAAAUAGAGUCUUUAAACUUUGUUUUAAUUUAGUGUCAAUGUAAUGUGUUAAUAUGUUGUGAAUGUAACAGUUAGUUCAAUUUGAGGAAGUUGAUAUUAAUGUCAAAUUUAAGAUGUAGACGCAUGUCACUGAAAGGGACCAGGCGCAUGCGCUCACCGGCGCAUUCGCACUUGACAUCACUUCAUUAACGGAGCACAACUUCAUUAGUCGAGGAAACUGGUGUAAAACUGAUUAAAAUAAACGAUAAUCUGUUCAAAUAAAAGUAAACUGGAAUCAUAGACACACUUAAAUGGGUUUAAUAUAGAUUUUUUUCACCCCUGUAUAAAUGUAAACUAACUGUAGGCUAUCGUAAAACUCGUUUAAAACUUUUCUAUUUAAUGUUUAUUUUUCUGUUUAUUUGUGGGCUAUUUAUUACUUUAGAAAGAUUGAUCUGUCCAUCAGUAGUUGAUAUAUCUUGAAAGGACAGCCGCCCACUGCUCGGGGGGUGUGUGCGCGUGUGUGUGUGACUUGGUGUUUGUGUGUUCACUACUCACUGGGUUAAAUGCAAACUCGGUCACAUUUCGAGUAUGUCUUGCAUACUUGACAACAGUGGGGAACCUUCAGGGCCUUCUACGCCUUCAGAGAAGGCCUAAAAAAUUAAUAAAAAUAUUUUUUAUAAUACUAAUAAAUAAUAAAGUAUUCAAUAAAAAUAUGUUUUUACAUUUUCUAUUUAAUUUAAUUUAAUACAAUACAUGUAAUAUAUUUUCUCUCAUCUAUGUUCUAACGUUAAGCUUACUGUCAGGUUCAUAUCCAAUCAGAAUCGUCUGUCUCUAUUAAAGGCGGACUCCAUGAUGUUUGAAAGCCAAUGUUGAUAUUUGAAAUCACCUAAACAAACACGCCCCUACCCCAAUAGAAUCUGGACCUUCUGUUGAUAGACCCGCCCCACACAUACGCAACCCGGCAUUUGAUUUGAUUUGAUUGGCUAUAAGUGUUUUGGUAGUCGGCCCGUCUCCUUUCCCAAAGCGUUUUUCAAACAUCGUGGACUCCGCCUUUAACAAGCUAUCCUACAGCUAAAUAUAUAUUUAAAAAAAACAAAAAAAAAUUAAAGAACACAAUUUAGGCUUGUUAAAUGCAA